AUGUUACAGAUACAGUUUGUGGGUGUGAUUGGUGCAAAUGACCAGGGCGUUCUGGGUAUUGAUGACCUCUUCAUUAGGUCUGAGUCGUGCGACAACAUCCUCCCAACCCUUGUGCCCAACGAUGACGCUUGUCACUUUGAGGAUGAGACGGUGUGCGGAUACGUGACGGAGGGGAAUUGGUCUUGGGUCUCCCCUGACCAGGACAAAAAUCUUCCUCAUGCCUCUGUUGACCACACUUACAACACUCGUUAUGGUCACUAUAUGGAGGCAUCACUGAUUGCCACUGAUCAUGAAGGAGUAACGGGCCACCUCAGCACCCAUGAGAUGACUCAGACUGACGACAUACAGCAUUGUGCAUCUUUCUGGUACAUACACAAUGGCGAACACAACAAGGAUGUACUGUCUGUCUAUGUCAACAUAUCAGGAAAGCUUGGUAAACCCCUCUGGCAAGAAAAAGCAAACUACAUUGACACUUGGCUGAUGGCCAAUGUGCCCAUACCUAAGACGGCAGAGGUGUACCGCCUGGUGUGGGAGUCUUGGCAUAGUGCAGGGGAAGAGAAUGGCUUCAUGGCUGUAGAUGACGUCCUUGUUACUCCCAAGCCCUGUGACACUCUUGGAACAUGUGACUUCUCGAGUGGAUCAUGCGGCUGGCAGAACGUGGUGGCAGGAGACGGUGAGGAUGAUGACUGUGAUUGGAUCAUCGGGUGCGGCUCUAACGGGGAGGACCUGGAUGCUCCUGACACUGACCACAACGGUGAUGAUCAAGGGAAGUUCAUGUACAUUGAUUCUGUGUUUACUGACACUGGCAUGGCGCUGCUCCAGAGUCAGAUGUUCAUACCUGAACAACACAACAACCUCUGCUUCCACUUCUGGUACUUCAUGCAGGGCACCUCUGAUGACUCUCUCUGGGUUCAAACUAAGACGCUGGACCAGAAGUUUAACGAACUCUGGCUCCAGCCAGCCAAGACCGAUAACAAUGCCCAGUGGCUGGAGGGUCAGAUCCACAUUGAUGCCAAGAAACUUUUUAUUGAAGUUGCUUAUCAGAUUUUCAUUGGUGGGGUACGUGGAUCAGAAUUCGCCAUAGUGUCUGUGGACGACUUUAACUUCACAGUGUACUCUGGUGACUGCCCCACCCUUCCACCGGCGGUUCCCCCGGUCACCACCACCACCAUUCUACCUUUGACUACUACUGAUGGAGGCGCUGGGGUAAUGCUGUUGCUGUUUAUUCUGUUUCACUUCAUUAGCAAUACAGUAUCUGUGACAUGCAACUUCACUGAAGGAGAGUGUGGAUGGAUGAACAUGGACUCUAAGGGCAUCCAUUGGAACUACAACAGUGAGAAGCACCAGAUGGAGCUAGAGGCGAAUGGGACAGAUCCACUCCAGUACUAUGUGGGUCAGAUGAGGAGUCCCACUUUCACCACUGACUCUAAUUCAAAUACCUGUUUAACACUAACUUGGUUCUUUGACACGGAGAAUGAAGCACACCUGACAGUCAUUAUACAGAGUGCUGAUGGACUAGAUAUUGAUUUCCUGAUGAAUGUCAAUGACGGAUCAGAUGGACAGUGGAAGACAACCAAUAUGGACAUCACCAAGGAGGGCACCUUCAGGAUAGCUAUUGAAGGCACAGUGCUGAGUGGCUGGAAGGGCGUCAUGGCUUUCAACAAUGUUCUGCUGGUCAACAAGCCCUGCUCAGAAGAUGUGAAGACGGGCAGCCUGUGGUGUGACUUUGAGAGCCCAGAGGAGUGUGGGUUCCACACAUCUUUGCCAGGGGACUCUACUGUCUGGACGUGGGGCUCCAGUGACAUACCCCUCGAUCACACCCUCGACAGUCCCAUGGGUCACACUAUGUAUGUGGACACGGAUAGGAAGGGUAGUCUAGCUCACCUGGUGACCCCCUCCAUCUCCCCUGUGGAUGAGACCUUCUGCCUCACCUUCUGGUUCUACAUGUUGGGUGCAGACGUAGGCAGACUCACGGUGUACUCCAUGCAAAACAACAACCCAGGUCUGCCUCUAUUGGUGAACCACCAGUCCUACCAGAAGGAAUGGCGGGGUGCCUCUGUCACUGGUGUGGUUGACAUCAGUGCUAACUUCACGGUGCUGUUUGAGGCAUUCACAGGGGAGGACAACUGGGGCUCCCUGGCUAUUGAUGAUGUGAAGGUGACUCCUGGGUUCUGCCCUAACCCAUCUACCUGCACCUUUGAUGAUGGCCUCUGCCUCUGGACACAGAGCCAUACUGAUGACUUAGAUUGGGAAGUUGUCAACUCGGUGGGAGACCUUCAUGAUCACACUAAUAAAUCGGGGAAAUUUGUGACUCUAAGGACAGGCGAUCCAGCAACCAUAAGGAACACAGCAGCACUGGAAUCUGAGCCUGUUGAAUUACUGGAGAUAUCAUGCUUCACCUUCUGGUACAAUAUGUGGGGGGAAAAUAUUGGAUAUCUUCAGAUUGAGAACAGUGACCCUACCUUUAAUGAAAUGAUAUUAUGGCAACUCACUGGUCCACAAACCAAUGCCUCAGAGUGGAAGUAUGGCAGUGCUCCAGUCUCCCCAGCUGGAACAUUUAAUAUAAUCAGCAUUGUGGGUGAAGUGAAUAGUAUCUAUGAAACUGGGAAUGGCACCAUUGCUGUAGAUGGUGUUGAACUUAAACAAGGAGUGAACUGUGACUUUGAACCUCCUGAUGCAGAGGUUGGCACACCAGCACCCAUGACCACCACUCCCAUGCCUACCCCUAGUCCUGGAUAUGGUUUCAAAUGUGACUUUGAAGAUCCAGAUGAGGCACUCUGUGGCUGGCACGAUACCUCAGCUGAAGCUUACAAAUGGAAAAUUGUCAAGGGGGCUUUAAACACAGAAGGCAUUGGUCCUGUAAGUGACCACACCACAGGCUCGGGCCACUAUGCCUCCUCGUCACGUAGUCCAGAUCUCAACUACAAAACCACUGUUACCUCUGUCCUGCGGAGCCCGAAGAUAAUGAAGACAGAGCUCAGUUGCUUUGUAUUUUGGUACUUCUUAUGGGGAGACAACUCCAAACUCAUACUGAAAGUAAACAAUAAGAAUCACUGGUCAAGACAAGGCAGUCAGGGAAACAAGUGGGUGCCAGCCAAAGUGAAUCCUAAAUUUAAAAAUAAUCACGGGAACCUUACCCUACGAGCUGUUCUCAAGCAAGAUCAUGAGUACGCCUACGUCGCUUUGGAUGAUAUGUUUUACUACAAUGUUACCUGCAAUAAAGUAGACGUUGGCACAAACACAGGUCAUCAGUGUGACUUUGAAGAUGAGGGCCUGUGUGGAUGGAUUCAGGUGGUGGAAGAGGAUAACGCUGAUUGGGAUUGGGUUAAUGGCUCCCAGGGAGUUGAAGGCUCAGAUCACUCUUAUGGCACAGCUUCUGGUCACUACCUACAGCUGAGCUCAAUUAAACAAGGAUCAGGUGCACAUAAGAUGGCUCUUCUCCAGCUGCCCUUACUGAAAGACAUGGCAGUGGGUGAUUAUUGCAUCCAAUUCUACUACGCUCGCUUUGGUGGGGUUCACACUGGCAACAUCAGCGUCAUAGUGGAGUUUGCAGGUGACAUUACAACCAUUGUGGAGGUAAAUGAUAGAGAUGGUGCCAAGAACUGGACCCUCCUGCAGCAGACCUACACUAAUCUUGCAGCCGAUGCCACUUUUGCUCUUGUCAUAAGGGGUGAUGUGGGUGCUGCAUCCCCAAACAAUGGUGAAUCAGUACUGGCUAUAGAUGAUUAUUCUUUCACCAACACUGGCUGUCCUGAGCCAGGAUCUUGCACCUUUGAGGAUGCCCAUUUGUGCAUGUGGCACGUAGAGAUGUCUGAGGAUGUGUCCUGGCAGUUAACUGAUGGUCGUGAGAGUCAUAGCCGUGGGCCGCACUUUGACCACACCACCAAUACUUCCGCUGGUGGUUAUUUGAUAUUGGAAGACUUUGAUGUGCAUAGUGGAGUUGUCACUGACUUGGUUAGUUCCCACAUCCCAAAUGAUGUUGAAGGCUUCUGCUUCAGUUUUUUCUAUUCUUUGAGUGGAGAUGAUGGUGCUCGGCUUAAUGUUUCAUCACGAACUGAUGAUGGCACAAACACCCUGUGGUCUCUGACAGGAGACCAGGGACCAGACUGGUAUUAUGGACAGGUUGGUAUUGCUGGAUCAUCCUCAAAGGGAGACUUUGAAAUUGUAAUUGAAGGAGUGACUGGAUCGCUUGCUGAAGGCUGGAUUGCCCUGGAUGACUUAUUUACUGUCAUGGGUGAAUGCACCAUCCUGCCUCCUAUAGCCACACCAACACCUAUUCCGGUUACCACACCCCUUCCACCUGGUGACAUCUUCAACUGUGACUUCGAGAUGGAUAUAUGUUCGAUGAUUCAAGCUUCAUCAGAUGAUUUUGACUGGGUUUAUCAUCAUUCAGAAGACGAAUUUGAGCUCCCCCCAGGUGGAUAUUUGUUACUAGAUUCAAACGGACAUGAUCCUGGGAACCGGGCUGUGAUCACAACUCCAGAACUUACCCAUAAGGGCCUCCAGUGUAUAAGUUUCCAGUUUAGGUUCAUAGGCAGUGAGCCAGGGGUGUUGAUGCUGUACUUCAGUGUUCGUGAGACCCGGAGUGAAGUAGUUUGGCAGCAGCACACCACCACAGCACUCAAUUGGAUCUUUGCCUUCAUUGAGCUGGAUGCUGGGGAUUCCUAUACGUUGGAGUGGGAAGUACAAGUACAUGGUGAAGAUUCCAUCAUCCUCGUAGACAAUAUUAAAGUCCUCUCGGGUGGCUGUCCAGUGCAGAGCAACACAUGUGACUUUGAGUAUGAGAGUGAUGACGACAUUUAUUGUGGAGGGUACCAGUCUGGUAAACCUACAGACUUCCAGUUCUACCGCACAUAUGCUGCGGAGAGUGCACACAAGUAUGGAGAUGAAGAUCACACUUAUGAGUCUGCUUAUGGAUAUUACAUAGUAGCUGACUUCACCAAGGCUUCGGAAGGUGGAGAGUUGGCUACCAUGGACGGCCCAGUUGUUACAGAAAGCUUUGAAUGCCUUACUUUCUGGUACCAAUAUAGUACUCCUGACACUACUUUAUUUCGAGCCAUAUGCAAUGGCACUGAAGAUGAAAUUUUCUCAGUUGAGGUGGGAACUGGUAGUGAGUGGCAGUUGGGUGCUGGAUUUGUACCAUACUAUGAAGGUAGUGUCCAUGUAGUCUUCCAGUCCUACUUUGGUGGUACUCCAGAAGGAUAUGUUGCAAUUGAUGAUAUCAAACUACAUGAUACUCAUUAUCAUUGUCCUGUGGCUGGUGAUUGUGACUUUGAGGAAGACACUUGUGGAUGGACCAACACUGGUGACCUUGAGUGGGUGUUCUCAACUCUGGAGGAUGGGGAAGUUGGACCCCUUACCUUUACAAAUCUUAUGUUUGUCACACCCACAGAUGACCUCGUGGGCAAGACUGCUACUUUGUCUUCACCUGUUCUGCCACUUGUUAUCAAUUGUGUUCAGUUUUGGUACAAGGAGGUGCUAGAUGCCCCAGCCUCUUUAGUGGCUUUUUUGACUCGGAAAUCUAAGAUGUUUGGUGAAUUGUCUGAGGUACCACUUUGGCAGAUGCCUCACAGUUCUACUGGAGGAUGGAAACUAGGACAGUUCCCAUUACCAGAAUUGAAUUAUAACACUAAUCAGAUUGAAUUUAUGGCAAAACGACUUGAGGGUAGUUGGAGUUUGGGCCACAACGAUGGCCUGACAUAUCUGGACGACAUAGAUAUAGAUGUUUUCCAAACGUGUACUUAUGUUCCUCCUGAUGCUGUCCCAACCACCAUCCCUCCAACAAUGUCUACAGCACAACCUACUGUGCCACCCAGCAUAGCAUCUUGUGACUUCUCAGAUAAGACUUUCUGUAAUUGGGAAAACAUACCUGGAAGUGUCACCUGGAGUAUUCAGAAUAGUUCAUCAAACACUCAUCAUGUUGGACCCUUAAUGGAUCACACCACAGGUGACGGUUACUUCAUGAGCCUAACGCCAACUUCAAGCAAAUCAAAAGGUGUUGCUACUGUUUUCUCCCCUGAACUCACUCCAACAGAGGAAUUGUGUAUGCGAUGGUGGUACCACAUGGAUGGGUCAGACGUGGGGACUCUUUCAGUCCUCCUCAAAAACUUUGGCCUCAACACUUUGAUUUGGACGAGAAGUGGUUUCCAGACUGCUGGAUGGCUUGAAAGCUACAUUGGUAUCAACACCUCCAGGACAUUCCAUAUAGAAUUCCAAGGUUCUCAGGGUGAUAACCCUCUUGCAAACAUUGCUGUAGAUGACAUUCUCUUGAUUCCAGCUGUCUGUCCAGAAAACUCUGGAGUGCUGGGCAACAAUACUAUGAGCUGCACCUUUGAGCAGGGAGGCACAUGUGGGAUGUAUGAUGACUCACUCAAUGGCUGGGCCCUUGUCGUGGCUGCCACCAUUCCUGAUCAUACAACAUUUACCAAACAAGGUCACAUUUUUGAAUUGCGUGGAAGAAGCACUCGUGUCACAGCCUCCCUCAGAACACCCACACUUGUUGUAGAGUCACAUAGCUGCCUCACCUUUUACUACCGUGCAGAAGGCAGAGAAGAUGCCACAUUAACAGUGGCUGUAGAGAAAACCUAUGGUACUGUAGUGAGUGACAAGGUGAUACUCGUGAAAAUGGGACAACCACAUUGGCGGGCUGCUCAGAUACCUAUCUACAGAUUCUUUGGAGAUAAGUUAAUGGUAUAG